AUGGCUAAUAUUGCCCCUCCGCGACAGUCAUUGGAUGAGAACGUUGCGCUGUCAUCGCCCGUCACUUCUGUCUUCAGUAGAGGACACGCUUCAAAGUCAUCCGCGUCCAGCUUGUCAUACACCUCGUCACCGAAUACGCGCGAGUCUCUCGACUUGCAUGGUUCCAAGCUCGAUAGGGUCACCGAAGAACAAGAACGAGAUGGCCAACCACAAAUCGCAACGUAUGGAUGUGAUGCGACGAGCGAGCCUCAGUUGCCACGCGAGCUCUCGUCUCGUCCAGCCGACCACGUGUUAGCUGACGAGUACGAUCCCUACGGUCUCUACUUCAGCGAUGCAUCCGACAAUGCCUUCCCUGCGCUCGACCCUGACGAUUAUACCUUGGGAGACUCGUCCAAUCCGGGGCCAACCAUUAUAGAACAACGUCACUUCAAACGACAAAGGUCUGCUGAUAAUCCCGGCCUCAGUCUUCAUAAAAGGCUAUCGAGCCGACUGGGCUCCAUGUCUCGUCGAUUGAAGAACCGAUCCUUCACAGGACCACGGUUGUCCAUCAUUACAAAUGCGAGCACACCUGCGUCUCGGUCAGGCUCUAUAGGAACGGGGCCGGUCCUCAGUCCUGCCAUGAGCGCCAUUUCACAGCACGAAAGCUAUCUGCCAUCUCCACAACCGGACUCCAUGGAUGAGUCAAUAUAUGGUGCAUUUGGCGAAGAUGAGGAGAUGACGACCACGGAAGCAAACAUGGCGCCAGCCACGACGCCCCUUCUACCGCCAGUCUCUACAGAGGUCUCCCGCGAGGAAUCGAUUCAGUCGCCGUUACAGUCUCCCUCUAUAGCACCCACACCAGCUACAAUCAACUCACGGACUUCCCUCGACAUCAAUGCAUUACCUUCUCCACCUUUGUCGACCAGACCCUCUGUGAUCUCGAUGCGUCAAAGGUCUAGGGCAAACACUGCCACUGCACCGAUUGCGGAAAUACCUCCCUUGCAACUAGAGCCUUAUCUACCAUCGGUCUUCAAUGUUGAGUCCUACACCGAGUUCCGCAGUAAUUGGGAUCAUGCUCGCAGAAACUACGCGAAGCAUUUGGCUCGCACAAACGAACACUAUGGCGUCACUUCAAGAGUGUACAAAGUCACUGAAGAGAAGUGGGCCACGAUCGACGAGUCCUGGAAGAAGUUCCAUCAGGCUAUAUUACCCACCGUCGAGCCGCAUUUAAAGAUGGUGAAGCGCGCAAGUGAGCAAGGUUCGUCCGAUGAGUUCACUCAGGCGACUUUACCACUCGAGAAACCAAUUUCUCAUAUAGUAAUGCCCGAGAUCGACGACAAGUGUGGCAAAUUUCCCGAGAUUGGUGAUGGCGACAUUGUUGGCCCUAUGGAGGUUGGUCCUCCACGCUCGGCUGCCAAAUCGCCCACGUUGUCGCCCACGUCGCCGAAGAAGCGUCCGUUCUUGCGGUACAUUCAAGACGCCUUCUUCAGGGCUUGA